UGCAAAAAACAUUCUUGGUUAUGAUGCUGCUUCGGUUGGCAAUAUUGUGCAUCGCGCUGGCGAGCAGCCGGGCCUGUAGAACGGGCACCGAAACUGUCGCCAGUCAAGAUUGGUGGAAAACAACAACUUUUUAUCAAAUCUAUCCGAGGAGUUUUAUGGAUAGCAAUGGCGACGGUAUCGGAGACCUGAAGGGCAUAACGAGCAAAAUGGAGCACAUAGCUGACGCGGGGGCCGGUGCGUUUUGGAUAUCACCGAUAUAUCCGAGUCCGAUGGCCGAUUUCGGAUACGACAUAGCGGACUUCAAGGACAUCGAUCCCGUUUUCGGUUCGCUCGCCGAUUUCGACGACCUCGUCGCGAAAGCCAAGCAGCUCAAUUUGAAGGUGAUCAUGGAUUUCGUUCCGAAUCACAGCUCCGACAAACACGAGUGGUUCGAGAAGAGCGUGAAUCGCGUGGAUCCUUACACAAACUACUACAUCUGGCGAGAUUCGAAGGGAGUCGACGAGACCGGCGCUCGUUUACCGCCAAACAAUUGGAUCAGUGGAUUUCAGGGAUCUGCGUGGGAAUGGAACGAGCAAAGAGGUCAGUUUUAUUAUCACAUGUUUCACAAGGGCCAACCAGAUCUCAACUACAGGGAUGCAAAUUUGAGAAAAGAGAUGGAGGACGUUCUCACCUUUUGGAUAGAGAGAGGCGUCGAAGGAUUCCGAAUCGACGCGAUCAAUCACAUGUUCGAAGACGAGUCUCUCCCGGACGAACCUCCGUCCAACAGACCGGAUGUGCCGGAUGGAUACUACGAUUCUCUGAGUCACAUCUAUACCAGGGAUCUGAACGAAACGUACGACGUUCUUCAAUCUUGGCGAGAACUCCUCGACAAUUAUUCCGCAAACACUAACACCGAUACGAAAGUGAUAAUGACGGAGGGAUACGCCAGUAUCGAUCGAGUUAUGGACUACUACACUCACGGUUCUAACAUUCCAUUCAACUUUAGGUUUAUAACAGACGCCAGAAAUGGAACAACCGCGACGCAGUUCAAAAAUCUGAUUGACGAAUGGGUGGAACACAUGCCUACGGGCUACACCGCUAAUUGGGUAGUCGGAAAUCACGAUCAGCGUAGAACUGGUUCGAGAUACGGCAUAGAUCGCGUUGAUCAGAUGUCGAUCGUGUCGGCAUUACUUCCUGGCGUUCUCGUAACCUACAAUGGUGAUGAAAUCGGUAUGCUUGACGGAGAACUUUCGUGGGAAGAGACCGUCGAUCCAUCGGCUUGUAAUACCAACGAAGAGAUUUACGAACCAUAUUCUCGCGACCCUGAAAGAACUCCGUUCCAGUGGGACGCCACGACGAGCGCCGGAUUUUCCACCAGCAGCACAACGUGGCUUCCGGUUAACCCGAAUUACCUAUGGCUCAACCUUGCGGCGCAGCAAGUACAGGAGCACUCGCAUUAUCAUGUCUACCAGGCCAUGACCACUUUGAGGAAAAUUCCCUUGCUUAAAAGAGGAGAUUUGACCGUGACGGUUAUGUCUAGCAACGUUCUGGCCAUUGUCCGAAGUGUCGCUGGAAUUCCACCGGUCAUCGGACUGGUAAACUGCGGGGAAACUCCGGUGACCAUACCCGUCAUAACGACCGAACUCGAUCUAAUGACCGUUUAUACUUCGAGCGUUGAUUCGGGCGUUGUUCCGGGUACCAAUAUAACAACGACGAGCUAUCAACUGCCGCGGGCUGCAACCGUGGUUCUCUUGUCCCCGAAGUUGUACCAAAUUAUCAAGAGCAGUUAUUAAAUUUGAAACGAUUCUUCGCAUUAUGUACUUUUCUUUCAUGUCAUUCGUUUUCCAUUGGUGCAAAACUAAGUUAGUCAUUAUCGCUGAAAUUGAUGUACAAAAAUUCAUGAAAAUUUAAAGUAAAUAUACGUUUACAUACGACCACGUA